GUCCGUCUGCUUUACCAGAGAAACAGAGGCACAGCCUGAAGAUUAGGGGACACAAACAACAGCCGUGAGAACACACACGAGAGAGAAAGCAGGUUGAAUGCUGGACAAAGACAGAGAGACAGUCUGAAAAUAUACUGGACAUUACCACUGGAUGGGAAACAUAUGGAUGUAAUGUAGACAAAGACAACAUACGCAUGAGGGACUGCUGAAUGUGUGUGUGUGUCUCUAUGUGACAGGUGCAACGGCGACAUUUUUAUGAGUUUUGCUGGUUGAAUGAGGUCGUAUUAUUGGAUCCUUUAACAGGUAGAAGUGCCCUGGAUAUGGGGGGAUGUCAGAGUUACAGUAGCUCUGAUGAAGAGGAUGUGGACACUCUGAAGGCAAACCACACCAAUAUCAGCCUGUUCAAAGUAAAAAACAACAGCCUACAUCCAAUCACAUCUGCUGAGGUUAAACCUUACCUGCAACAUCACUUCCUGUCCAGACGCAUCACUGACGUUGACCUCCUGACCCUCUCUGCACUGCCACAUGGCCUCGACCAGCAGGAGUGGAUAGCAACAAACACUGUCGCAUUCUUCCAGCAUGCAACUCUCCUCAUCAGCUCUCUGUCUGAUUUCUGCUCCACAAAUGCAUGUCCGACUGCCAAAAGCCCUGGAAACAUUUUGUAUGAAUGGACGGAUGAACAGGGGAAGAAAUUAAAGUGUUCAGCGACACUCUACAUCGAUUACGCCAUGUCCUACAUUCAGCAGUUGCUUACAGACGAACGCGUGUUUCCCACCAGGGCAGGCUCAUCAUUCCCUCCUGGAUUCAUGUUCCUGAUUCAGAAGGUCUUUGUAAUGCUCUUCCGUACUCUGGCUCACCUGUUCAGUGCCCACUACCAAGAUGCCAUCGCCAUGGACUUACACCCUCACCUCAACACGCUGUUCACACACUUCAUUACCUUCAGUCACGCAUUCAGAUUACUGGACCCAGCAGAGACCGCUCCAAUCGAUGACCUCAUCGCUGGGCUAACACACUGAAGACACGUCGGCCCGUCCUAAUUUCGGCCCUCAGCCCUUGCGGUCCUCCUUCGAGUCCACACUUUUGUGACACAAUGCAACAGGCUUCGUAUAAUGGACAUCGAGGGUGCAUUUCGGACGACAAAGAGGGCUAUUUUUUAUCCUUAAAAUGACAAAUGGGACACUCUAUGGUCUCAUGGACUUCUCGGACACAUGGAAGCAAAGGCCACAAGACCAAGUAUGCCAUUUAGCACUCAAAAUAAAGACUUGAGACUCCCGUUUUUUAAGACACAUAAAGAUAGGGAUUCUUUUUGACAUCUUGACUGAACAUGACUAGUGUGCGCCAAUCAACUUCAGACUGGUCUGGGAUUGGACGGCACUGGACCCCGCCCAUACAUGAUUUUUCAGUGCCAAUGGUGAAGAUGGGCACUAUUCUCUUGGGCCAAUUGCCAAUGUUGCCUUUUAACAAGUGCCUAUUCUUAGCAAAUCACACUGGUAGCGAUCAACUGUUAUUGGCCAAUUAUGGCCACAUUCUUUUUCGAUGCGCUUCCCAGCCACAACAUUUGAAAACACGAUUUGACGUCUUAAGCUGGGUGCAUGGUCUACGAUUUUUAUGGUAAUUUACAUUGACUGAAUGACAUGAUCCCAAUGAGAUCUUGGGUAAAAGCCAUGACACACGGUGCAACAUUAUGUCAGACUAUACGAUACACAUUGACGGCGUUGACUGGAUGUUUUGAGUCAUCUGGCCAUCUUGUGAGCGGUCUACCUGCACAACUGCAAUGCAUAAUUUCGGACACUGUCAGAACUUUUUUAAAGGCUAAUUUAUACAUACUGGGUGCCUAAAUAUAUAUAUACACAUAUAUACACAUACAGAUGUGCUCAAAUUUGUUGGUCAUCCUCCACAAAAAUCAAAGAAUGCCCAAUUUUCCACCAUUGUUUAUUCCAUAUUGAAUAGAAAUCAGACUUUAGAUUUUUUAUUCAACAUAAUAUUGUAUAUAAUAACAACAAAUAAAAAUGGCAUUGACAAAAAAUGACGGGACCCUUAACCUAAUAUUUUGUUGCACAACCUUUAGAGGCAAUCACUGCAAUCAAAUGUUUUCUGUAGCUCUCACUUUUGGCCCGCUCCUCUGGACCAAACUGCUCCAGCUAUCUCAGGUUUGAUGGGUGCCUGCUCCAGACUGCAAGUUUCAGCUCUUUCCAAAGAUGUUCACUUCAGAAUAGUCCAAUAUUUUGUUCUCAUCCAUUCUUGGGUGCUUUUAGCUGUGUGUUUUGGGUCAUUAUCCUGUUGGAGGACCUAUGACCUGCGACUGAGACAGAGGUUUCUGACAAUGGGUAGUUUCGCUCCAGAAUGACUUGAUAGUCUUCUUCCAUGAAGCCCACUUUUGCUCAAAAAGCGACGGAUGGUGCGAUCAGAAUCUGACGUAUCUUCACCUUGUAUCUCUUUGGCAGUUAUCCUUGUGGGAUACCAGGGUCCACCAGGGAGGUGGGAUACAUUUCCAUGGACCUUAAACUUCUUAAUUUUUGCAACUGUUGUCACAGGAACAUCAAGAUGCUUGGAGAUGGUCUUGUAGCCUUUACCUUUACCAUGCUUGUCUAUUACUAUCUUUCUUAUCUCCUCAGACAACUCUCUCCUUUGCUUUCUCUGGUCUAUGUUCAGUGUGGUGCACACAAUGAUACCAAACAGCACAGUGACUAAUUUUCUCCAUUUAAACAGGCUGAAUGACUGAUUACAAGAUUGUAGACAUGUGUGAUACUCAGGGACGGAUUACAGACCGGGCCAAUGCCCAGGGGCCAGUGACUACCAGGGGGCCCUUGACUACCCGGGGGUGCCCUGGGCUUUAAGGCUGCGUGAUCUAGUUUGGUGAUCCCCCCUGCUUGAAAACCCUUUUGGGCAUGAACAACAAACACCUACCCCCCAAUCCCCCCUGCUCAUCAAGUUGAGCAUGAACAAUGAACAUCCGGCUCAACAACUUUUGGGUGGAGGGGGGCCCCUUGGAGAUAAUUGGCCCCAGGGCCUUUGCAAGUCAUAAUACUUUAUCUAUUCUAAGGGGUACCAACAAAUGUGUCCAUGCCAUUUUAGAAUAUCUUUGUACAAUAAUUCAUCUCUAUUCACAGCUUCUUUGCUUUAUUCUAUGACAUACCAAAGGCAUGCAAAUAUACAUGAUAAAAUAGCUUUUAAUCACUUUUGAGGAGUAAUGAAGCAUAAUGUCAAUGAGCUGUAAGGGUACCAACUAAUUUGAGAACAUCUGUAUACUUAUUUCAGCUAAAACUUCUGACAUUUUUGUUCUGCAAAGACGUUUGGUGAGUGAUUGAGCGAGUCCUUGAAAUUCUUGGCCUAGGAGAACUCAGCUAGUCGCAAAGCGUUGAUGAUUGGUUAAAACAAUGUGUGUGGUUUGGACGUGACGUUCUUUAUUUUCCUCAACGAAUACAUUUAGAAACAACGCUAUGCGUAGUAUAAACACAGUUUUGGACAACAGUCUCAAGACAACUCAUAAUAAUUCUUUAGAGAUGGCGAAAUCGUAAGAUAUCGUACGACUUGGCUCGUGCGAAAAGGUACGUCUUUUACACAAACCAAUCAACAAACAGAAUUUCAAUACUGGCACCAGAUUUUAGCUAGCCUCCAAUCCAACGCUUUAUUAAAAGCAAGUAAAUGUCUGAACUCCUCCCUGAUAGCACACAUACAUCACUCAGACGUCUAUUUGAUGUGUGCGUUAAUAUUGUUUGCUCACCUGCAAUACGUCUAUAAGACAAAUGCCAAUAAGGAUAUUUCGCCUUUGAGACGUUUAUGAUUAAGAAUGUUUGUAAAUCUGAUCUUUAAGAUGUUUAGCAGAUGUUAAUUAGACUGUGAUGCUUUUCAGAUGAAAAUAUCUAAACCUGACAUGCUAUCUGGGAUUCCAUAUUUAUUUAUGCAAUACAAAUGACUGAUGUACAGUAUGUCAAUAACCUUGUAUACACAUCCCUCAUCCUGUUCCAAACCCCAAAGCUUUCUUUGUUCCAUGGCACACAAGUUAUUUUCCUAGUAAAAUAAUGCUUAAGUGUAGGGUUUGGGGCUAAAAAUCAUUAUAGUAUCAUUCGUUGGUUUGUUUAUUUUUCUCUGUGCAAGUAAAAGUUGAGCCAUCUCGUACGAUCUCUUACUUGAUGUAGUUUGUUUCAGAGAAAGAAGUUUGGCGUCUUCCAUUGUAUAAAUUAGGCUUUCGCCCUGCUACACCAGACGAGAUGCGUCAAAAGCAAAUAGGCUCUGUUAUAAUCAACGAAGCGGUCUACAGUGGAAGCGUCCGCGUCACGUAUCACCGAAAGUAAACAGAUGCCCCUUUGCUAUUGCUGAUGGGCUGCAGAGCUACUCCAGCCACUUGAUCAUCCUGUUGGUCUGAAAUGACAUUAUUUUACUAACUAAAUCACACAUUUGAAUCUUUAUGCUUGUUACAUUUUUAUAUAACUUCUGACUUCACUAUUAAAGCGUUGACGUUUCUGGUCCUGUCUAUGUAUUUAUAUAACAUUGUGUGACUAACUACGUUUAUGCAGUUAUAGCAAUAAUAACAUUACAAUAAUAAUUAUAUACUUGUUUAUAUCAGUGGAUUUCCGUUGAAAACACCUGAUGUAGAUAGGCAUUGUUUCUCAGUGCUAAGAACGGUUAGGCUUAAGUAGUCAAUCUUGCCUAACCAGGGUUGGGGAGUAACGGAAUCAGGGGCGGAUUAUGACUUGCAAAGGCCCCGGGGCAAAUUAUCUCCAAGGGCCCCCUUCAAAAAGUUGUUGACUGGAAGGGGUGGGGUGCGGGGGGUCGUUUUCAUUGUUGAUGGGUAUUCGAGCAGGGGGAAAUCGCCAAACUGGAUCGUGUAACCUUAAAUCCCAGGGCCCCACCGGGUAGUCAAUGGCCCUCGGGCACUGGCCCCAUUGGCCUGGUCGGUAAUCCAUCCCUGAACGGAAUACAUGAGGACGUAAAAUGCAUGUGCUAUGAUAUGUAGA